GCCUCCUAGGCCAGCAAACCCCCUCUGUACCCUCCGGGCAAUCGGGCAUGAAUCCACCCAUCCGCGAUGCUACAUGGAGCUCAGCAAGCCUCGGCGUCGUCGACCGCAGGCCCGCGCCCCAAGAGCACUGCUAUCCUGCAGUCUGAUCAGCCACCUCGCGCCGCCGCCGCGCGGGAGGGGGGCCGCGGCGGCACGGGUCCGGAGUCGCUUGUGCGCGGCUCGGUCGUCGCGCCGUGCGUCAGCUGCGGCAUCUGCGGCGGACUCCUCCGUGACGCCACCGCCUUCACCGAGUGCCUACACGCCUUUUGCAGGAAAUGCAUAUAUGACAAGGUUGCGAAAGACAACAUAAAGUGUUGCCCGAAGUGUGGCAUUUUUAUGGGAAAUCCGUUGGAGAAGCUCAGACCUGAUCAUAGCCUGGAACACAUCAGGCCACUGAUAUUUCCUGCUAAGAGGCGCAAGGUUGUCACCAUGAAGAAGAGGAAGGAAAGGGUGUCCUCUGAAUCAACCCUUCCUUCAGUGGUGGGUACCACUGCAGAAGAAAGCACUGCACUGAUACCUGCUGCUUCAGAAAGUAAGGCACAAAAGGAUCUUACUCCUGUCGGAAGAGAUGCUUUGUCACGAAUUAGGGGUCGAGACUUUGACUCAGCAUGUGGUCUUACUGAGGAUACUGGAGCCUUGAUUGUAUGGCAAGCACCACCUAUUCUAGAGGAGACGGCUGCCCACAAUCAGUUAGACUCCAAGCAGGACCCAGAUAGUUUCAGGCCUCCGGCGACCUCUGAUAUUGAGUACCAGCGACAAGGACCAACUGCACAAAUGACCAAUAUUUCGUUUAUGGUUGGGAACUCAUCCCAUGCAAGGCCGACUGACCAGGAUGAUGAAAACAUGAGAGGAGAUAUUCUCACAUUGAUCAAUGAGAGCAAUGCAAGAAUCAUGGAAAUGUAUGAUGCCCACAUCAGCAAACUGAAGGCAGGGAACAUAAAACUAAUAGAGCAACUGGAAAAUGAAAGAGCAGCUGCACUUGAGAGGACAAGAAUCCUUGAAGAGAGGCUCCAGCAAGAGUUGGAAAACGAAAGGACAGUUGCUGCUGAGAGGACAAGACUUCUUGAAAAGAAGCUCCAAAGAGAACUGGAACAUGAACGAGAAGCUGCUAUUGAGAGAACAAGAGUUCUUGACGAGAGACUCCAAAGAGAAUCUGAAAUCGCACGUACUGCUGCAAGCCGGAAUGAAGCUUUAAAAGAGGAGAUUUUCAAACUUCAGGAGGAAUUGGAACAUGGAAGAGCAUACAACCAGGCUCUGAUGUCAGAUAUUUUGGAGAAAAGCGAGGAACUCGCUACGCUCACAUAUUAUUCUAACCUGCUUGAGUCAGAGAAGACAUAUCUAGAAAACCAAGUCGACCAUCUUAACGAGGAGUUGAAGUGUACUAGGAAAGAGCAUGCAGCAUAUGUCCGUAAGGUCUUGGACGCAGCAAGAGCCAUCCCUAACGACUUGGAGCCGAUCAACUCGGCAACUCCGAUGCUCUGCCGAGAUCGCGGUGCACGUCGGGGAUCUGUUAGCCAGCCACAGGCUGGCCAUGGCUAACGGCCAGCCCCCACAGGCAGCUGAUCCUUAAGAGUUUGGACCUAAUCUUAUUUCUGAUAGCCCUUUAGGACUUCUUUGACUGAACCUGUGGGCGGUGUUGAGCGACUUCCCAGCUCGCUGUCCAGGUGGUGAUAAUUGGCGUUUUAUUUUGUCUAGCUUCAGGUGAUGUUUUGGACUGUUUCUUCCUCAGGUUGCAGCAGUACAGUAUAGUGUCGCUUCCUUCUGUUCAGUUGUAGCUUGCUUCUUAGAAGGUGGUCGGUUCGUCCGUUCUGUUGUGUACUCUGCUCCGUUGGGCGUAUCAAGAUAAAUGUAAAUUCCAUUCUGCUUGAACCUGAUGCAACACAAGGUCCGAUGUGGAAUCAGGAUUCUCCUUUAUGAGACCUGUGAAGAUAAAAAUAUCUUAGUUUUGGAAGCUCAAAAGAAAGACUGGCAGCUUUGUUUCAUAAGAUGGUUACAUGAAUAGCUGAGAAGUGGAAUGAGGUUUGUGAUAAAGCAAGAAAAUUCAAGUUGGAUUUUGAUACAUCUGAUCAGAUAAUCUGGAAAUGGGGAACACAUAAGAAAUUUUCUGUGGAAUCUAUGUAUGCUCAUGCGGAUCCUUGUAACUAUGGGUCUAUGGCCCAUAUAUGAAACAUACAUGGAAGGGGAAAAUUCCUCCUAAGAUUAAAAUUUU